CCUUCCCGCUUCCCCCUCAGCGCUGUCCUCACCCCUUUUUUCUUCCUUCCCUGUCACCCCCGAUAGUGUCUUCCCCACAGCGAAAUGUCCCACCCCGGCUGGCAGCCUGAGGGGAGAAGGGGAAGGUGGAAAUGUGCUGAGAGCGCUGGCAGGGAGGAGGUUUCAGCGAACCAGGGCAGGGCGGACCGACAGCUUGGGAAGUUUUUCUUUAAACAUGAUUUUAAGCCAGCAUCGAUCGACACAUCUUGUGAGGGGGACCUCCAUGUUGGUAAAGGAGAUGACGUAACAAUCACGUUGCCACAUAUUCCAGGUUCAACUCCACCAAUGACUGUGUUUAAAGGAAAUAAAAGGCCAUAUCAGAAGGACUGUGUGCUUAUUAUCAAUCAUGACACUGGGGAAUAUGUGCUGGAAAAACUUAAUAGCAGCAUUCAAGUCAAGAAAACAAGAGCAGAGGGCAGCAGUAAGAUCCAAGCCCGGAUGGAACAACAGUCUGCUCGAGCAUCUCAGCCUCCACAGUUCCGAGCCCCAACCAAACCAGCAGUUGGAUCUAAAACUUCUCCUUUGAAAGAUAAUCCUUCACCUGAGCCUCAGCUGGAUGACAUUAAGCGAGAGCUGAGAGCAGAGGUUGAAAUUAUUGAGCAGAUGAGCAGCAGUGGCGGAAGCAGCUCAUCGAACUCGGAAAGCUCAUCUGGGAGUGAAGAUGAAAGCUCCAGCAGUGAGGGGGAAGAGUCAGCACAUGUUUCUCCUUCCCAGCCACCACACCAGCAGUAUAACAACAGGAAUGCUGUUGCUAAUGGCACCAGCAGGCCACAAGGAAGCAAUCAGCUCAUGAACACGCUCAGAAAUGACUUGCAGUUGAGUGAGUCUGGGAGUGACAGUGAUGACUAGAGGCUGAGCUUUUGCUGUUUCUCUUACAUAUAAGUGAAGAACUAAUUUGCCUUGAAGUGAUCCUGUUGCUUACGAAGAGGAGCUGGCACAGAGAUGGUUCCAUGUGUGGAAUUUUAAUGGAGGAAGCGCAUAAUCCCUACAAAACAGCAGAUGUUGAGGGCUAUUUUACUUUGUGAAUUAAGUGUAUAUUUUGUGUAUAUUCUUUUAAAGCUUUAAAUAGGUAUGUACAGUGGGUAAGCCAGUAUAUGUUCCUAUGUUCCUGUCCAUGAUCUGUAAGUUUAAUGUGUAAGUUUAUGAUGUCACCUAAAAAGUUAUUGUUUGUAGAAGAUACUCAUCCCAUCACAACUUAAGGGAGGGAUGGGGGGGAGGCAGCUUUUGUACAUAGGGUGUGGAUGAGCCAACUAUGAGUUUUAAAAAAACAAGCAGAAUCUGCUGUGUGCACUGAAGUGGAACUGUCAUAUCAAGUUUCAAUGCUAAGUUGAUUACUUUGGUUUGGGGCUUUUCUAAUAUAUUUUUAUUGCUAUUUAUGGUUGAUUUAAUGGACUUUUAAACAGCUGAAAAAGAUAGAUCUUGAAACCAUGUUCAUGACAAACCUUGUUGCACCAGUGCCUUACAAGCAGUUGUGUAUUUUUUUUUUAACAGAGCUUCAAUUCCUGCCACUUUUCCUAUAGGCAGCAAUACUGAAACCUCUUCAGAUUCCUUUGCAAACAAGAGCUAUAUUUCAUGUACAGCCAGCUGUACUCUUGCAAGAUAAAGGGUGUACAUCAGUCACCUGAACACAUCCAAAUAAGAAGCAGGUGGCCAUUUCCUUGAGUCACACAUGAAGUGUGUUAUCUGACUCAGACAUUCAGACCUAGUCUUUGGAAAUACUCAGGAGUCUGAUUAGUAGUGAAAUUAGAGUGUCACAAAUAUGAGAUACUGGACUUAAAAUUAAGCCCUGGUGUAUGGAGAAAGAGAUGACAAAACUGUUGUGAAACAGCAGAAGUCACUCUCCCACCACACGUGUCCAGGUAGACUUAAGUUCAUACUGUUUGUUGGACAGGAUCUCUGUGCUUGGCAGGAUUACACAGAACAUGAAAUAUUUGCCUAGGACGAAAUUCGCCCCUGUUUAAGGGGGUUUAAAGGGUGCUUUUAGUUGGAUUAUCAUUAACUUUUUUUGCUUGCAUGGAUAACGAGAGCUACAGGCAGCAUCUCAUAGCUGGAACACCAGGCUAGCUUUUCAGAACAAAAAUAUAACUGGCAUAGGACAAGUGGUGCUCCAUUCUUAAGCGUCUGCUUAGCACUGCUGUUGCCUGUCAGUGAGUUUGUUUUAACUCCUCUUUGUUUACUGAGCUCUUUCUUCUUUUAAGGUGUUGAAGAGAAAGGGGACAUUUGCAGGGAGAAUUUAAUAAAUUGUUUAUUUUUUUGUAUUAGAUACAUAUUGAGGCAUAUUUUUGCGUUAUUGUACAUACAUUUAAAAAUACUUGUUUUUUUAAAAAGUGUUUUAUGAUGUGGGCACAUGUUUUAACAGACAGUUAGGAAAUAUGCUUGAUGCAAACCCACCAAUUGCUCUCCUUUUUUUUUUUUUUUUUUUUUUUUCCCCCCCUGUUCCUCCUCUGACAGUAAAAGUGCUCUAUUCUAACAAGCUGGUACCAGUUCAGAUUUUACACAUUGGUACAGGAGAUCUGCAUGGUAGCUAGCAGUAUAAUUAAUGCUAAUACUGCUCCUGACUUUUCCCCAGCUUAAGCAGGGAGACAUUUCUCUGAUGUCAUUUCCCCAUUACUGGAGCUUAUUCCUGAAUUCUGUUGACAGCAUUUGAACUUGCAUGCAGAGCAGCAUUUUCCGUGCUUAUCAUUCACUUGCUACUCAUGCAUUCUAAAAUCCAGGACAUGUCAUAGGAAGUUUAUUCAUUAUGUGUACAUAAAAUAUAUGAAACUUAAGAGGAUAAGACAACAUGAGGCUGCAUCACAAAUUUAUUUAUGGUUUAGAUCAGCAAGUGGGAAAGUUUCAUUCAGAUAAUCAAUGUCUGCUUUGUUUUGCAUUUCUACACUAGGUCAGCUUUUCCCACCAUAAGAGAUUUCUUCUCUGUUGGUAACAGAACCAGCAUUUUUUCACAUGAUUUCAUACAGCUCUUAAACUGCAUUUGUCCAUUCUUUGUGCCCCCUGGAGAUGCACUGUAGCAUCCACCCUGUUCGUGUGCUCAUUAGCCACACAUCCCAUAACCAGACAACAGCAUCUGGCUGUCCAUGGGCUGGCUGAGUGAUGUGGGGGCCAUCAGCCUGCUCAUGGGUGUAAGCAGCACAGUCUCUAUCUAUGGGUGUGAGACCAGCUUGUCCCUCCCUGCCACUGUGUCCCAAGUGGCUUCUGGCAUCUCCUGACAGAAGUUCCCUGUCAUCUCCCCCUUUCCCACAGUUCUCACAGGUAUAUGGGGUGUGUUUUGUGAAGAUGAACCAUGUAGAAAGCUCAGAAGGCAACUUCUGAUCAGAAGGGGUGUCUGCCCUUUUUUUUUUUUUUUUUUCCCCUAAUCACAUGUGAGGCUAUCACAUGUAAAGGCCAUCACCAGACUGACAUUUUGGUUUGGUCUCUUAAAAUUUUAUGUUUCAUAUAUUAAGUUGCUUAUCCCUAUCUAUUGGAUGGUUGUUCAUUUUUUCAUUAUUUGCUGCAAGCUUUGUUCGGAUAGGAAAUUGGAAUUCAGUUUACUUGCAGAAACAUCAGUUAUUUAGAAUUAUUUUAAUUAGCUGGCAAUACCUGUAACGUGCUGGAGAAAUAAGUUGACUAAAGUAUGUUUUGAUUAAACCUGGUAGUGGAACAAUAUAGUCCUGAUCAUUCCUGGUAGGUUCUAAUCCUGCAGGGUUUUUUAGCACUAGCAGAUCUUGCCAUCUUACACUACUUUUUUCCACAUAAAGUAGGAACAUCUUUUAUAUGCCAGUUAGUUUAAAUGUGAAUUAGCAGUUCAUAGGGAAAGCAAUUAUCCAAAUGAACCAAGACUAAGUAAAUAUUACUUGGCAUUCAUAGGAAGGCUGCCUGCUGGCUAUGGUGAGGUUAGCAGUUCAAGACAGCUUUGGAUUAUGAUGGUUUCUUCAGUUUAGUGAUUUCAUCCAUUUCAGUGGUUUGACUUGGCUUAAAACUUCAGCAGCAAGCAUGGCCCACUUAUAACCUUUUCCCAUAAUUAGAACUGCUCUACAAGUAAUAGUCAAUAAUAAUUUAAAUUGAUUCAAUUAGAUUGUUAUAAUUUCAACUAUAGUUGUGAAUAUUUAUUUUAAUAAAAAUGUUUUGUUUCAAGAACUGUUUUUGUCACCUGCUUGUCCAUCUUGGACACCUUAAAAUACUAUCACAGCAGCACCCAAGCUGGUGUUUCAAAUUCCAGUCAUGCAGAAAAGCUUCCACCCACCUUUGCCCUUGUUCCACCCCUGAGGGCUCACCAGCCCUGGGAGCAGGCUCACUCCAGCUAAACCACAGGGCAUGGUCAUCUCUGGGAAAAACAUGUCCCAGUCCCCUGACCAGGGAGUCACGCAAUGCAGCAGGACCCUCUCUUGCUCCACCAAGGCACCCUACUCCUGUCAGUAUCAGGACCCACUCCUGAUACUGACCAGAACCAUGGCAGAACCCACUCUGUUGAGUGAGCAGACUGAUAGGAAAAGGUUUUCUCCAGCACAGCUUGGAAUAGCUCAGAGCUUAACUGGGGGGAGUGCAUCCCUUUUCAAGAGUCUGUGCCUAAAUUGAUUUUCAUAGUUAGCUUUAUUAUAGACUAGCUAUAUGACUGUUUAUACCUACGUACACACAAACACAGUUCACUUUGCAAUGCUUUAUAAUUUUUUCCUCCCUCAAAGUCCAUUUAUUUGAAUAAUAAUAAUAAAAAAAUAAGUUCACCAGUCCAUGCAUUUUUUUCUUUUUUUUUUUUUUUUCUUUUUUUUUUUUUUUUCUUUUUUUUUUUUCUUUUGUACUAAGAGAAAUAUAGCCUGGAAUUACUUGUAAUGGAGAACACUUAUUUUCAGUAAUUGCCCAUGCUUCAUUGUUCAAUGUGCUAGGCAUUUCCUGCUAGUCACUGAGUCAGAGAUCCUGUGGAAAACACAGCUGCCAAGCAAUGGGCAUCUUGAGGAGAUGAAGGCUCCUGUUGAUAACUCGGAGAGUCCUGGGUUCAGCUCCUAACAAUGAGGAAUCUACCUUGCUUGUGUACAGUUUCUUAUAUGCACACAGAAACGUGGAAUAUUAAAGCAAAAAAAAAAAUUGUUUAUGCUUACCUUAGAAACAGAAGCUGUGGUGCUGUUGGGUUAUCGUUGGGACAGACAUGAAUUUAAAGUAGCUGACUGUUAAGUACACCCAAACUCUGCUCACAAAAGAUAAGCUGAUUAAUGAACUACUAGUUAGCUGAUAACUACCUCUGGUUUAUGUAAGAAGGCUGUGUGUAUACAUUGAAAGGCAUCUGUUUAGCUGUUCUUCCUGUUUCCAGUGCUUGCACUCCCCUCCUUUAUUUUGUAAUUCCUUUAUUUCUAGCACAUGGAAAUAAAUUCUGCCUCCAGAAUCCUGCAUGAAUUUACAGAAAAACAGUGUGGGUGUUGAAAUGUUGCAAAUGUAUUAGCUGUAUUCAUCCGUGCUCUAAACGUUUUGUAAAUGACAGGAGACAUUGUGAAUGGGCCCAUCUUCCUCUUGCUCGUUGACUUGGCCUUUACUGGGACUAAACACCUUUUCUUUGGGCAGCAAACAAAAAAUAAGUGAUGUAACAUGAGAUGGUGAAAUACCUCAAGCUGCUGCUUCAUACCUGGAGGGAGCUCUCUCAUGAAGCCAUGGUCUGAGCUAUGCUCACUUGAUCUUCUAGCAUCCUUGUAAAUAAAAAACAAAAUUCAUCACUAA